UUCAUCAACAUAUCCGGGUCGGCGGCGAAUUUGUAUUUUAAAAACAAAGUUUAAUAUUUAAUAUUUUAAGCUCGAAUUGAACUUGCCAAUUGCUUAUUUUGUACAUGUUUGUUAAAGUUAAAAAAAGUCAAGAACAUAAAAAGUUAUGGCAGACAGUAAUACCAAAUUUUUCAGUAAACUGAAAACUGUGUGUAAAAAUAUUGAACAGGGAAUCAGUCAGCUUCAAAGUGAGGUAGAAACAAAAACUUCCAGUAGAUCCUCUGGUAAAACUGUCAUGAAAUUGACCAGUCUAAAACAGGAAAUCCAAGAUAUGAAGAUUGAAGGAAGACAGAAAUGUCAAAUGUUAGAUUUAGAAGGAAAGAAGUUCAAUGAAUUAAUGGAAUGCUGUCGUUCUUUGUUAGAUAUUCAAAAUCAUAAACUUCAUAAUAUUGAAAUUUUUAUGAAUCAAUAUGGCUACAGAGACUACACUUUAAAAGAACCAAAGGCAGAAAAACAGGUGGAAGAUAUUGAUGAAAAUGAUGAAAUGAAAGAAAAUCAAAAACCAUUAACACCCCCUCAGGAAACAAAACCAGACAGAACGAGAACACCCAAAGCAGAAGAUUUUGGAUUUAGCAGCUAUACCCUGAGGGCUAUGGAGAGAGGAUUUAGUACAAUACAACAAGAGCAACCACAAAUAAGAGUUGUACCACAUUCAGAAGCUAGAAUACCUUCCUUAUUUAACACAGAUGAUUUUGUUUCUCUGACUCCCAGUGUAUUUGGGAGGCAUGUUCCUUUCAACACACCUGGAAAAUAUCAAGAUGCUAGUCCAUCAUUCCAUGAUUUCUUCACACCUGCAGACAAAAGACAAAAUCAAGAACAACUUUAUGGUUCAGAUUUUCCUAAAUUAAAUUUAAAUAACAAUAUGAAUAUGGCAAGCCCAGAAGCUCCAGUAUUUCAGACACCAGGAAUGAAACAUUUUGGACAAAAGGACCAUUUUGAAAGGACAGGACCGGCCAUUUCCGCAAUAAACAACUUAAAUAGAGCACCAAUGAAUAGUCCCCAGUUACCAGUGUUUCAAAGUGAGAGUGCAAGAAAGUUGAUGGAGAAUUGUAGUAAACCUCAAAUGGAUGUUAAAACUAAAUCAAGUAGAGCAAAACUGUAUGAUGAUCUCCCCCAGACACCAGAAUUUACAGUCAACCUAAAAAAUAUUGUUGAUACAGAUAAUGAAAUGCCUACGGAAUUCAAGCCAUUAGCUGAGAGAUUAGGACAUGAUAUAACCAGCAACAUCACACCACCUAUGCCUGAGAUGUUUUCUGACAGACAUUCAAAACUUAAUAGUGAAUGUAAACAACAGAUUAGAGACCUGAGUAAAACACCACCGGCUCCAAAAUUUUUAUCAUCCUAUGCAAAUAAUCUUGUUCAUAAAAAAUAAUAAAUACGAUUGAAAUAUAGUAGAUUUUCUA